UUUGCUUGUUCUUGGUCUUUGAAAUCUUUGUUCCAAACUAUUAAUCUUUGUUAAAGGGCUUUGCUUCUUUUUUCAUUCUCUUAAAUCUUGAAUUUCCAUUAUCAAGUUUUAAGGUGAUAUAAAUGAAGCUCCACUACUUGUUCUUGAUCACUUCUCUCCUUUUGGUUAUUCCAAUAGUGAGUACUCAUGCUUCGUCUUCAUCGGCAAUGUUGGAGUCAAGUGUUCCAAAGCCCCGUCACUCGUGCCUAUUUAAGAGUGCGUUACAACAUCAAGCCUUGAAAGAACAACAAUCAGAUCUUUGGACACCUUUGGCCAACCUAGGAUGGAAACCCUGUAUCGAAUCUACUUCCAUAAUGUAUUCAUCAUUGCCGGAGUCCACGGGAUACAUCCAAGUAUUCCUUGAUGGAGGACUGAACCAACAAAGGAUGGGUAUCUGUGAUGCAGUUGCUGUCGCCAAAAUACUCAAUGCAACUCUUGUAAUCCCGUAUCUUGAAGUGAAUCCUGUUUGGAAAGACACAAGCUCUUUUGAGGACAUCUUUGAUAUCUAUCACUUCAUCAAUGUAUUAAAGGAUGAUAUAUUAAUAGUUAGAGAGUUACCUGAUGAAUUCACAUGGAGUACGAGGGAAUAUUACGCCUCUGACAUUAGAUCCACCCGAGUUAAAAACGCACCACUUCAUGCUUCAGCUAAUUGGUAUCUUGAAAAUGUUUCUCCAAUUCUCGAAAGCUAUGGCAUAGCUGCAAUUUCACCAUUUUCUCACCGGCUAGCUUUUAACAACAUGCCCCUGGAGAUCCAAAGGUUGAGGUGCAAAGUCAAUUUUCAAGCUUUAAAAUUCGUUCCCCAUAUUAGAAAUCUUGGUGAUGUGCUCGUCAAUCGCCUCCGCUACUCUGCUGUUGAAAGUACCAGUUACCUUAAACAAGUCGUUGAUACCAAAGGUGGAACUCGAGUUGGAAAGUUUGUUGCUCUACACCUUCGGUUUGACAAGGAUAUGGCUGCCCAUUCAGCAUGCGACUUUGGUGGAGGUAGAGCGGAGAAAAAGGCCCUGGCUAGAUAUCGACAGGCAAUUUGGCAAGGCCGGGUCAUGAAUUCGCAGUUCACCAAUAAAGAAUUGAGAAACCAGGGUCGUUGCCCAUUGACUCCAGAAGAGAUUGGUUUGUUGUUAACUGCUAUGGGCUUCAAUAACAGUACCCGGUUAUACCUUGCUUCCCACAAGGUAUAUGGGGGUGAAGCUCGAAUCUCAGCCUUAAGGAAACUAUUUCCACAUAUAGAAGACAAAAAGAGCCUUGCUUCAUCCAUGGAACGGGCCCAAAUAAAAGGGAAAGCUUCUUUAUCAGCAGCUGUCGAUUACUAUGUCAGCCUGCAUAGUGAUAUCUUCGUGUCUGCUUCUCCUGGAAAUAUGCACAAUGCAAUGGUAGGACAUCGAGCAUACUUGAAUUUAAAGACCAUAAGGCCAAACAUGGCGUUAUUGGGCCAGCUUUUCAUGAACAAGAGCAUGAAUUGGUUGGAUUUUCAAGCAGCAGUCAUGGAAGGGCAGAAAAACCGGCUGGGGGAGGUCAAGGUACGGAAAGCAAAACAAUCCAUAUACACGUAUCCCGUGCCUGAUUGUGUGUGUCGGCAAGAUUAAGGCGGGGACAUCAUCUGGUAAAUGAAACGGCACAUCAUAUGGCGGUUGUGACUCACCUUAAAUGAAAUAAGUUGCCAUCAUCUGGUAAAUGAAACGGCGCAUCAUAUGUGGGGUGGGUCCUGAAUUAGUGUCAUGGUAGUUAUACGUAUCUAAAACAUAUUAUACGUCUAAAGAGGAUAGUGUAACAUCUAUUGUUCAGUACUUCAGUUCCACUGGCAGAUUCAAUGUGUUAUUGUAACAUCGUGUUAAAACUUCUAUGGGAUCCUGUGGAUGCAUUUGGGA